GCUUCUCUAGAGCAGCUGUUUGGGGUUUGAAAUUCCAACAUGGCAGAGGCAGUGGUCAGUCUUCCCCACACUAACUUGGAAUGGUUUCAAGUCGCUUAACCCGCACAAGCAUUCAUCAGCGAGCCCGUCGGAUCGAUGCCGCUCUAACCCGAGAGGUUAUCCUGUCAUACUAACAGGCUUAAAGAUGCAGUGGACCCCAGAGCAUGCGCAGUGGGCCGAGCAACAUUUUGACAUCUCAUCCACCACACGUUCCCCCGCACAUAAAGCAGAGGCAUACCGCGGACACCUGCAGCGGACCUACCAGUAUGCCUGGGCCAAUGACGAUAUAUCAGCACUGACAGCCUCCAACCUUCUGAAGAAGUACGCAGAGAAGUAUUCUGGUAUCCUGGAGGGUCCCAGUGAACGGGCGCUUCUGUGCUCGUACUCCGAGAACGCCCCAGGACUCUUGAACGGACGCAAGUCGGAGAGCGAAGCAUGGCAGGAGGGGAUCUACCCAAUGAGCUGUGCUGCAGAUGUCAUUUCUGCAAGUAAGACUGGCAUGACGGUCACCCUGCCUCCUCCAGAUGUGACGGCAAGUGUCGGCAGCUCCACAGGGGUGGUGGGUAGCUUGAGCGAGCCCAGCUACUCCAGCAGUAACUGCGGGAAUCAUGCGUCUACUGCACUGCACUCGGGGAUCCCCUCUCAGGAAUUCGCUAGCAGUUACAAUGGCUCGUACUUGCAUUCCACUUACAGCGGUGGGCAAAGCACACCAGCUCUCCCGUCGCCACAUCCCUCACCUUUGCACAGCGCCGGGCUCCUUCAGCCUCCACCUCCAACCCUAGUGCCCAGCUACAAUGCAAGUUCCCCCAAUCUCUCCAGUUACAAUUACCCUCCAGCAGGUUAUCCCCCACAGACUGCUGUUGCCCCAGGCUACAGCCCAGGAGGAGCACCCCCUCCCUCAGCUUACUUGCCCUCAGGCAUUGCUGCCCCCACUCCCCUACCCCCUUCCACCCUUCCCGGUUACUCCUACCAGUCCCACAACCAUGCGCCAAUUGCACCAACACCUUUGAACGGCAGCUCAGCCAACACACUGAAAAGAAAAGCGUUUUACAUGACGGACCAGGGAGAUAUGGACUCCAGUUAUGGAAAUUUCAACUACAGCCAGCAGCGUUCUGCUCAAAGCCCCAUGUACAGAAUGCCAGACCACAGUCUUGUUGACUCAACCAGAGGGAAUGGAUUUGACAGGAAUACUGACACAUCAUCUUUGGCGUUUAAGCCCACAAAGCAGUCAAUGCCACCGGAUCAGCAGCGGAAAUUCGGCAGCCAGUCCGGCAGGGCACUAACCCCUCCUCCUUACGGAUCCUCCAAAGGUUCCUUGGGAUCCCUGCGGCCAGGCGAGUCAUUUGGAAAGUUCGGUUCCCCCGUUUUGAGUGACCACGGUGACGACAACAGACAGCAUCACCCCCAUUCCAUUGGCACGGCCACUUCAUCCAGCCACCCUGCUGAGGAGCAGUUAAAAAACAGCGAUGCUAGUUUGGUAGAGAUGGUCACCACUGAGAUUCUGCAGCAGACACCCCCUGUGGACUGGAGUGACAUUGCUGGACUGGAUAUGGCAAAAGCCACCAUCAAAGAUGAGGUCCUGUGGCCUAUUCUGAGGCCAGACAUGUUCAGCGGUAUGGCAACAUUACCUCGCAGCAUCCUUCUCUUUGGACCUCAGGGCACGGGCCGGACUCUGCUUGGCCGGUGUAUGGCCAGUCAGCUUGGCUCAGCUUUCCUCCUCCUUAGUGGCUCCGCACUGGUCACAAAAUGGCUUGGAGAGGGUGAGAAGAUCGUCCAGGCCUCGUUCCUUGUCGCUCGCUGCCGGCAGCCUUCAGUGGUUUUCAUCAGUGAUGUAGAUCUGCUGUUGUCUGCCCAGUUGAACGAAGAAAGUCCUGUGAACCGAAUCAAGAGUGAACUCCUCCUCCAGCUCGAUGGAGUUCUAAGUUCUCCAGAGGAACAUGUUCUAGUAGUAUGUUCCACCAGCAAACCCGAAGAGAUUGAUGAGUCUCUACGAAGGUACUUUGUUAAGCGGUUGCUCGUCCCCUUACCGGAUGCCACCGCACGACACCAGAUAAUCAGCCAGCUGCUCUCACAGCACAACUACUGCCUCAGUGACAAAGAGGUUGCGCUGCUUGUUCAGCGGACAGACGGCUUCUCCGGGUUGGAUGUGGUUCGACUUUGCCAGGAGGCCAUGGUUGGUCCUCUCCAUGGCAUGUCCGGCACAGACCUUUCCGGAAUGAUGCCAGGUCAGAUGAGACCGGUGUCAUACCAAGACUUUGAGAAUGUGUUUUGCAAAAUCCAGCCCAGCAUAUCACAGAAAGAACUCGAUACAUACACUGAAUGGAAUAAGAUGUUUGGUUGUAGUCAGUAAAGAGCGAGGGCGUAAUGAAAUCUGUGGGGUUACCUCCUCUACUCUUAAGAGGGGAUACAAUUCAGAAUUCUUUGGGUGACACAUGCAGUUAAACAGUGUGGUUAUUACAAAUGUAGAUGACCCCUAAAGAAGAACCUGAAGGACGGUCAGAUACAAUUGAAUGAUGCAUGGCUGUACUUAAGUCAAGGUCUGGCUGGCCCUUUGCACAUAAUCCAGACAGAGAAAUACUGUUUUCUGGGCUCAGUACUGCAGACACAGAGAUCCCCUUACCGAGGAACUCUGUAAGUGAGGACAAACUUCUUUGUGUGUAAAUAUCAUUUUGCUGUUUUUGAGAUUUUGUUGCUAUGAAGUGCCUGAAGUGGUGCUUUAUUGAUUUGGAUUUGUUUGCCUCACCAUCUACAUUGGUGGCAUGUGCUAAUAUA